AUGGCUGUCUCGCAGAAUGCGUCCCAGCCCAGCGAGGGAGAUAUAGACCCAAACUCGACCCUCCUGAUCCGUCUCUGCAUCAGCACUGUCCCUGCCUCGCGCCGCCAGCACCAGCUCUCCGAUUCCGAAAAUCUUGCCAUGCGAGAUCACGGUACGACAUUCCAGUCGAUCGACCUGCUGGCGGAGGAUGAUGCCAGUCACGGAAAUGCCAAGCCCGCCCAAAACGAUACGACCCGGGACCAGGUCAUGAACAUGUCGUUAGACCAGCUUGAGUUGCUGUGCAGGCGGGUCCAGCAGCUGGAGCUUUCCAAUUAUGGUCUACUGAAGACAAUAUACGGUCCCCAAAUAUCUGCCGCGCCCUUCUCCUGGUUCAAUGGCCAUAGUCCCGCAUCGCGACUGGAGGUGGGCUCCGAGGCUUAUCGCCGGCUGCUAUAUGACCAGUAUCGGAAGAUGAUGUCAACCGCGAGAAACCCAGAGAUACAUCAUCUGCAGCCAACCUCUCCAGCGGGGGCUAGCGUGCUCCGGGAAUAUCAGAUGCAGUUGACGGUCCAGGCACAGCACCAGCGUGACCAGAGACCCAACUCUGAACCAAAAGACCAGAACCGUGAAAAGUCUCGGUUACACGCGCCAUUCCGAGUCAGUAAGACAGCUCUUCGCGCUUACAAGCGCCACAUGGACUGCUGGGAUGCAGGCAUCCGACGCCCGUUCGAACAAAAUACUGCCCUGACAGACUAUCAGAUCCAGCUCAUGGCACUGGAGGAGCAAAACCAAAGGCGGCUGCUUGCGAUCCACAACCACACGGAGUCCAGAGACAAGGAACAGUUCCAGAUGGCGCAAUAUGAAGCGCAACUUUCGGCGCUCAAGGACAUGAAUGACCGGCAGAUGUCACAGCCAUCCGCGCCGGGCGAGCCCGCGGUGUCUCCCGUCGACUUCACGCGCGAUAAUCUCGACUUGGACACUAACAUUGUCGAAAGCAUCGAAGAUCAGACGCAAGAGCUGACCUUGGGUUCGCCACGUGCCAAGCCUCGACCAACGAAGCGGAGAAGUCGUCGGCCGGCCAGGAGCUAG